AUGGCUGGCUAUCACACUACUUCCACUGUGCAGAGCCUUCAAGAGGAGGCGAUGUGCGCCAUCUGUCUGGAUUAUUUCAAGGAUCCCGUGUCCAUCGGCUGCGGGUACAACCUCUGCUGUGUGACCCCACUGUGGGGCAAGGAAGAUGAGGAAAACAAGUAUGAAGAGGAAUGGAAAUGGAAGGAGGACAACGAUGAUGGGGCCAACAGUGGAUGGGAUAACACCACUCACGAAGUUUUGUACUACGAGAAUUCUGAGGAGUUGAUCCAGGACCAAGAGGAUAUUGAACCCUGAGUCAGAGACAGUGGCAUACGGAAUUGGGACAACAUGGACAAUGUGUGGGACCUGGAAAAAGAAGAGGAAGAUCGGGACUAUUACCUGGAAGGUUUGAGACAUGAUCUGAGGAUUGGCAUCUACGGAGAAGAAGAGAUACUGGAAGUAGAUGAGGAAGAGGAAGACCUAUAUCCUGACACCCACCAGCCUCCUCUCCGGGUCCCUCCGGCCCUUCCACAGCAGUUCACCUGUCCCCAAUGCCAGAAGAUCAGCUUUCCUACCAACUUGCAGCUGGCCAACAUGGUCCAGAUAAUUCGCCAGAUGUGCCCCACUCCAUAUCCAGGGAAUGAUAAGGAUAUCUGCUCCAAACACCAAGAAGCCCUGAAACUCUUUUGUGAGGUGGACAAAGAGGCCAUAUGGUGCUGAGAAUCCAGGAGCCACAAACAGCAUAGAGUGGUGCCAUUGGAGGAGCUUGUGCAGGAGUACAAGAAGAUAGGGUCAACUUCUUCAGAUAUGUUAUCUGAAAAUGUGGGGCAGUGA